UAGUAUUACUUAUCCUUUCCCUCCGUAUAGCUCAGUGCCCUUCGCAGCCUCUCGCUCCUGACGUGCACGUCCACGCUCCAGGAAGAGCCAAGAAGAAGGCGAGGAGGAAGCCAUGGCGUCCAUCCCGUGCACCAUCCAGCUGAGCGCCAAGACGUCGAGGAGGCUGUCGCCGCGGGCGGCGGCGGCGCCGGGGAAGGGAGGCGGAGUGCUGAUGACGCAGCUGCUGGGCGCGGGGCGGCGGCUGGGGUGGCUGCGGCCGUCGCGACUGAGCGGUGUGGUGCCGGCGAGCGAGAGCGGGCGGGUGGGCCCGACGUGCUGGUUCAGGUUCGGGAACAAGGACGCCGAGGGCGCCGGCAUCUACGGCAGCCAGGGCAGGGACGACUUCGACCGCGACGACGUCGAGCAGUACUUCAACUACAUGGGGAUGCUGGCGGUGGAGGGCAGCUACGACAAGAUGGAGGCGCUGCUGAACCAGGACAUCCACCCCGUCGACAUCCUCCUCAUGCUCGCCGCCUCCGAGGGCGACAAGCCCAAGAUCGAGGAGCUGCUCCGCGCCGGCGCCAAGCACCACGUCAAGGACGUCGACGGCAGGACGGCGCUCGACCGCGCCGCCGACGAGAUCAGGGACUUCAUCCUCGGCUUCGCGGCCAACGAGGCCUGAACACUCCCUCUUCUGUUGGUAGUGGAUGGACGACGUUUCGUUGCCUGUAAAUUUUUGCUUCGUUUCGUUUCUAGUGUUGGUAGCGAGUUUUAGCCGGGAGAUUCGCAAGCUGUUUGCAGAGGUAGCUUCCUCUGUACCUUGCAUUCUCACUGAAUUCAGAGUGUGUACUACUACGACGUUCCAUCGCACUGCGCGACGCCUCAAUGAGGCCAUGCUUUGUAAAAGCUGUUAAUCUAUGCAAUAUGAGGUUUAAACAAA